AUUACAGAGUUAUUAAAAGAAACAGUCAUAUAUGGGUGUAAGUCUUUACAGAGAAAUAAGAGCAAGCACGGUAGGAGAAGAGUUUGUUUUAAAGUGAGUAUGUCCCUCAGGGAUCCACCGUACGAGCCUCCUUCUGUCUCAGAGCUGCAGGAGUUCUUGCUGGCAGACAGAAAACCUACAGGACAUGUCAAUCAAGUCUGGCCUAACCUUUACAUAGGAAACGAGGUGGCGGCUCGUGACAAGGACACUCUCCACAGUCUGGGCAUAACUCACAUUGUAAAUGCUGCUCACCGACCCACCAACCCUGGUGCCGGCCCCUGUUUCUACGUCAACACUGGCCCACGUUUCUACAGAGACAUGACAGUGGAGUAUUAUGGGGUGGAGGCUGAUGAUGCAAUAGAGUUCAUCCUUAGUCCUUUCUUUUACCCGACAGCACGAUACAUCGGAGCUGCACUGGCCAUAGGAGGACGGGUGUUUGUCCACUGUCUGAUGGGCGUGAGCCGCUCUGCAACAUUGGUGCUGGCCUUCCUGAUGAUUGUCGAGGGCCUGAGGCUGCCGCAGGCGGUGGCUGCUGUCAGGCCGCACAGAGACAUCUGUCCCAACCCAGGCUUCCUGCUGCAGCUCCGCAGCCUCGACAUGGGCCUGGAGAGGGAGAGGAGGAGGCGACAACAGGCCCAAACACUGUAAAGACACCCGCAGACACACACAAAGCCAUACACAUCAACAUAUGCACACAGACACACACAAAUCUUUGUUGCUACAGAGGACAAUCCCAGGAGGAGAACAUAACAUAUCUGACAGAGCUAAGGCAAAUUCUUUGGACCAACAGGAAGCCAGUGGCACCUGUCAAUCAAGUCUGGCCGAACCUGUGCAUUGGAGAUGAGUGAGUAGAAAAAUCACAACCAGCAGCUUAAAAUGUUGUGAAAAGAUAUUAGAACGAAUCAGGUUUCUAGUGGUGUGUGUCUGCAGGUCUGUGGCGUGAGGUAAAACCACACCCUUGUUUCCGUGUGCAACUCACACACUGAAUGCUGCACCGUCCGGAGUUCAACCUCCGACCUUUCUUCAACCCUGCUGCACAGUUCAUAGACAGUGCUCUUAAGAAAAGUGUUUCAACAGCCCAAGCCAAUUCAUAAUGUGAACUAAAUCAGUUCCUGCUUUAUUUGUGGGUAUACUAACUUAUAACCAUAUGACUUUAUGUUGAAUGUUAUCUAUUUAGAGCUUUCAGCUGCACAGAUAAUUGGUAAUAAAGAGAGCCAACACCUCCUCUUCCACCUUUAGAUAACUAAUCUUUAUUCUAAAGGCAUUAGAAUUUUUAUCAUUUCUGCUCCCUCAUCUACCCAUGUAAUCCUUUCUUUUAAUUUAAAAGCAGGAAAAGCGCAGGUGUAAAUAAUACAAUUAAGGGUGAUUGAAUUCCAUUUAGCUGCUUCAAUUUCAAAUGAAUGUCACAGUUUACUGAAGACACUUGAAUAGAACAGAGCCAUCUUUAACGUAAUUAGUAACACCUGUGCUUUUCCUACUUUGACAAUUCUGGUAAAAGAAAUUAUUUUGUCAAAGUGUAUAUACAGUACUUAUCCAUGUAUCUUCCAGGAAAGGUGUUUGUGCACUGUGCCAUGGGUGUCAGCCGCUCUGGUCAUCUGAUGAUCUGCCAGGGCCUGUCGUCAGCGGAGGCCAUCA